AUGGAAGAAAUUCAUAAGCAAUAUGUUUGCAAUGUUGCCGACAUGGAUUUGCAACUAAAACUUCAAAGAAUUUAUUUGGAACAGCUGAAGGCAGAAAAUCAGAAGCGAAAAGGGCAAAAAAAAUUGGUUGGUGACCAAAAAUCUUGUAAUGGAACUAAUCCGGAUGUGCUAGAGUCAAAUAUUAAUAAUAUUAUCACUCAAGUUAAAGCGCAUACUGAAAAGGCGGAAAAAUUACAAAAAGCACUUCAUGUAGGAUGUGCGCGUUUACAAAAAGCUCAAUCACAGUUGAAAGAUUCUGAGGAAAAAAUUCGCUUGUUUUUAGACAAAUUUAAAACAAAGGCGGCUGCUUUAGAUACUUUCAAAAACCCUUAUAUUGAUCUUGGUUCCAUAGAUAAAGCGCAAGAAGUUUAUGAAAAUUUCAAGAAUGUAUUUUUUCAACAGCUUAAUAAUGCAUUACCAGAGUACUUGCAUAAUGAGUAUUUAUCACAAAUCAAUUCACGUAUUAAUAAACUUUCUGAAGAGAACAGCAAGCUUACAAAUUUGGAGGAAGAACUUCGUAAAGCCGUUGAUAAAUAUGAAGAGUGUGAAGGUGAAUAUUACAAACAAAAAUCUUAUCACGACACUUUGACCGAAAAAGUUCAGAUAAUGUGUGAAGAAUAUCAGAAAUGCUGCAACCGACUUAGUGAAUGCAAGGAACGAAUUUCUCAACUCCAAUUGACUUUUACUGAUGGUCAAUGCAGCACUAAAAAUUAUAACGAAACAUUAACUACCAUCAGUGCUCAACUUGAGGAAAUGAAAAAGGAAAACGAAAAGCUUGUUGAAAAAAUUGAUAGACUCGAAACUGAACAGAAAAUUGCUGAAUGUUAUCACGAAAAGAAUCGUAGUUUGGCUAAACACUUUAACGAUGAGCGAAGCAACCUUCUCAAAGAUUUUCAAGAAUUUGCAGAAACCAUAGUUCGAGACUAUAAAGCUGAGUUGGAAAAGAAACGUUAUCGUAAAAUUGAUUUAACCGCUAAGGUUGAAAAUUUACGUCAUGUUAAAGCCAGGAAAAUUGAAUAUGAAACGUCUAAAAAACUUUUGGAUGAACGCAAUAGGGUUUUAAAUGGCCUGAAGAAUAAGCUCAUCGAUUUGAAAGAGGCAACAGCGAUGAAAGCUAAACAUCUGGAAGAAAUAAAAUCUGAGAGAAAAAGACGCGCUGAAGAAUUCGAAAAACAUCUUAAUUUUUUGAAUAUCAUAGUGGGAAAAUUAAAGAAAGAAAAAGGCAAACUUGAAACCAUAUUGAUCUUGCAAAAGCAAAAAGCUGAAGAAAAUCGUUUGAAACUGAACAAAAGCAAAGAGAUGAAAAUAAGCCUAUUGGAUGGCUCGAUUGACGUCCAAAAGAAAUUAUUGCAUUCACAAACGAGCAUAGCAAACGAAAUGAAUAUCAAGCAUUCGUCCAAUGAAGUAAUAGAAUGUGGCGAGAAAGAAAAGAAGUCCAGAAAUGAAUACUGGCAUCAAGCCUUCCCAACCAACGAGCAUGAAUUUAUAAAAUCAGAACUAAAUCAAGUGAAAAAAACGAGAGGAAAGACAGGAGUUCGAAAAGAACAAUCAGAAAAACCAUCCCACGACUUGGAUCUUGGUAAAUUACAAGAUUUUGGCUACGAAAAAUCCAAGUCUCCACGUCCAUCUAGAAGAGGCCGUAAACGAUGUAAAAAUAAUAAAGCGAAUUCUGUUAAACAUCCUGUUUUGUUUGAAAGUUUAUUGUCAUCUUUUGAUGCUGAACAAGCUAUUACUUCUACUCCACUUUCUUCACACAAUUCUUCCAUUCAACCGAUCAAAAAUGAAUCAUCGCUUUAUAAAUCACAGAGAAGUAUUUUUAUCAAUGGAAAAUUGAGCAAAUCAAAUAAACGGAAGCCAACGAAUUUCGCUGAAGUGCGGGCCAACAAAGAAAAAUAUAAAAGAAAUAUAUUCGACUUCGCUUCAGAAAGCGACAUGGAUUGA